AUGACUGUGGAAAAGAGUGUCGGCCAAUAUUUACUCGGUUUUAUUUCUUUUCCAGAAUACACAUGCCACGUCUAUGUAAGAGCAGAUAACUUGGCUGGUGUCCUAAUAUCAGAUCAUGAAUAUCCACACAGAGUUGCACAUACGUUAAUUACAAAAGUAUUAGACGAAUUUGCUAGUAAAGUUCCGUCGAGUGAAUGGCCGAGUGCAGUUGAAGCAAAUAUAAAUUUUCCAAAUUUGCCAGCGUAUCUAACCAGAUACCAGAAUCCCCACGAAGCUGAUGCCAUGACCAAGAUACAGGAUGAGCUGGAUGAAACCAAAAUCAUUCUGCACAAUACGAUAGAGGCGGUACUCCAACGCGGAGAGAAACUGGACGAUCUCGUAUCGAAGUCUGAAGGCCUGAGCUUGCAAUCUAAAGCAUUCUACAAGACAGCGCGGAAAACCAACUCCUGUUGCAGUUAUGUGGGUUGAAAGAGGGUUCCAUUGGACAUGAGUGUCAUGUUGUAUACAUGUUUAUUAUUCCAUUCAUGAAUACUUGUGUAUAUGUAAGAUGUGUAUGCAAUGUUGAAUUACGUAAAGCAUACGUAUGUUUUUAGAAUGUAAAAUUUUAAAAUGAAUAACCUGGCUUUCAAUGUGUUAUUGAUAAGAAUGCUGCAAUGAGAAAAAAGUUCUCAAACAUUUUGUUCACAUUUAUUGCUAAGAACGCUGCAAUGAGUAAAUGUUUACAAGCAUUUUGUUCACAUUUAUAUUUUUCCAUGUUGCAUUUCUCAAAAGAAAGACACAAAUAUCCGUUAAGUUGAUAAUACUUGACUAAAUUAUGUAAACUUUUAAAUAUAAUAAGUUGAAAUCGAACCCUUUGUUUUUUUCUUCAUUCUUCAAUAUAUUUUUUUAAUAUUUUCUAUAUUACUCCGAUUAUUAGUUUAGUUUUGAUUAAAGUUUUUCUACUUUAUUGUUGUUUCAUAUAUACUCAAUGUACAAUAAUUUUAUUCUUAGAGUAUAAAUUAUGUUGAUGUGAAGCAGCUCUAUUGAGGCCUAAAGUGAAUUAUAAUAAUAUUAUGGAUUCCUGAAUGUGUAAUGUAAUGUAAUGUAAUGUAUUGUCUUGAAAAUAUAAUGUAAAAACAUGUUUAUCAUACAUAUCUGAUUUCAUUUCCCUUGACAGUAAAUCAUUUCCAGAGUAACAUGAUAAAAAUUCAUGAAUUGGAUUUUUUUGUAUUAGUUAUCAAUCACUUGAAUUUGUUUUAAUAAUAACGUUAUUAUGAAUUUCCAAUUGGUUGAAGUCUGUGAUUUUCAGUGGACUCAAUUAUAAAAUAAUCAAUAUUUUCAUUACAAAAAUUACUUGAUUGGGUUGAAUGUUGAAACAACAGUUUUGAAUUACUUUUCAAUGGAGAUAAAAAGUAAUCAUGUAAUCAAAAUCCAUUUUUUCCCACGUUAUUUCUGAUGAAAUAAUUGUAAUAAAUUUGCUUACAUCGACGAAGAUAAAGUCUUAUCAAUGUUACAGCUUCAAUACUGAAUGAAUAGCUAUAAUUCUGAAUGAUUGAUUGAAUAAAUAACUACUUCUCAGUGUCUAUUAUAAAAUGCUUGAACUACAGUAUUAUUAAGAAUUAUCAUAUUCAGUUCAAAUUUCGUAGAAUGUAAAAUUCUUCUCAUUUUGACAAUAUCGUAUUUUUUUAUUUUUGUGUAGGUAGUUGAGAAGUUGGUAUUGUGGUUCAUAUUAAUUGAAAAGACCAAGGCCCGGUUGCACAAAAGCCGAUAUUUUUAAGAAGCCUUCUCUGAUUGGUUCUCGAAAAAUUAAUCACGGUUAAAAUUGAACCGGCAUUUGUGUAAGCGGCACUAAGAAAUCGUCAAAGAACACAGAAAAGACAGUCUGUGGUUUUUGACAAUUUCUUAGUAUUUUUAUUUAAUAUUGUAUUUGUAGUUCAUUUGCCAAAAAUUCAUAAAUUAUUACAAAAUUUAUUAGUAUCGUAUGUUUACUAUUCAGCAUUUAUCAAUUUGAUUUUUCUCACAAAUCGUCUUUCAUUUUCUAACAAUUUACAGACAAAUGUGUUAGUUCUUUUUCAAGAAUAAUGAAGUUUGUUUACUCCCUCACCCCUACACACUUCAAAAUGAACAUUGACCCAUUUGAAGGCUCCUGUAAAUAAAAAUGCAACUGUGAUAUUCUCAAAUUAUAUUUUCCCAGUCCAUUUUAAGGAAUUUUAGAUGAGAGACAAAACAUCAGCACGUAUAGCUUCAGUUUUGUAAAGAAAUUAUUGUCAAUGAUUUGAAUGUAGGUUUUCAUAGAUAGUAUGAUUUGAAUGUCAUUAAUGUUAGUAUUACUGCAUUAGCAAACAUUCCUUUCAAUAGCCACACUUUAUUGUAAUAUUCAAUGUCUAUUGCAUAUUCCAGGUAUGAUCAAAGGUUUUGUGUGAAUUGUCGUUUCAAUAUAUUGAAAUUAUACAUAAAUUUGUCAAGUGGUGGCCGGACAGCUUUUAAUAUAGUAAAAGUAAUAUAAAUAAAUGAUAUGUAUAAAAUCAUUAAAUAUUGGAAAACAGUGUAUAGGCUACUUUACACCACGAUGGAUGUAAUUUCAUGUUAAUAUAACUAGAUAAUCUGCAAAUUUUGUGGCCAAAUGAUAUAAAAAGAGUUGUUAAAUGUUGAAAUUUAGAUGUUGGAAAAUAAAAUAAUUAUGUGGAAACUA